UUGUGCACAAGGAGUUUUGGAAAAUUAAUUUCGUAAAACCUGAAAUUUUUUUGCAGAAAAAGAAAAUAACAAAGCGAGAAAAUUGUCGGCAAAUAGCGAAGGCGAUGAUAUUUUCCAUUUCUGGCAUAAAAAAAGGAAAUACUUUCAUGCUUUGGGUUUUGAUUCUCUCUUCAGUUGUUCUUCAGCUUUGGCUCUCUCCUUAGGGUUUUUGAGCUCCAAUUUUUGCCUCUUUCUGAUUCUUCCUGCUUCGGAGAACUGAGCCGUCGGCGUUUCGCGGUUUGGCAUGGAAGCUCCAAUUCAGGUACUUGCACACGGUCUCUCAGCGAACAAAUCCCCUUAUUGGCCUUGAAGAUUUUUGUUGAAUGAAAUCAGUUUAGACAUUAUGGAGGAUGCAGUGGAUGAGGAAGUGACCCCAUUAGAUUUAGCAGAGGUUGUACAACGUGAGAGGAAAGAGAAUGAGCACUCAGUUAAAUCUGAAAACGGCAACCCAUUGGAAUGCCAAGAAAUGUGUACAUAUGGUGAAUGUGAUUAUUCGAUGCGUAUACCAGUUGAGGGUGAUUAUCCCUUAAGCUCGCGGCAUGAGUUUGUAGAGAAUGUAGAUAUGGCUAUGAGCCCUGUUAACGAAUUAGAACACCCAUAUGGUAGCCUUGGCUCUAUGAAUGAUGUUGGUUCCAUGGAGGAAGAGCCAACUGUGAGAAAUUACAACAAUCAAGGAAGAAUGCAAUUUUGGCAGAACCCACAACAACAUUUAUUUCAGCUAGCAAGUGGAUCAGGAAGUGAGAGUUCACAAGUCAAUACUGCAUUCAAGGAUAAUGGGAAGGCAAUUUCUGGUGGCUUGGAGAAUGAGGGGUCCACAUCUGUCUCCGGUUUUUGGAAUCAAAGGGCAUUAAGUGACAAUCACUAUGAUGUUGUGGAAGAAUUAACAAACAUUGAAAAUACAGGGGCUUCAGGCAAUACUUAUGCAGGUAUCCGAACAAAAAUUCUAUCUAGGCCAGGCUUUUCCGAGUUCUUUGUUAAGAAUACACUGAAGGGUAAGGGUGUCAUAAUGAAGGGUCUGAACCAUGAGAAUUGUCACAUUGAAUCUAGAAACCUGAAUAGUUCAAAGGUGGCCGGUGAUCCUUUGGCAGCUUCUGAUCCAACAAUGAGUAUGGAUGCCAAUGUUAUUAUGCCUUCUUCCAAUGGUGUUAAUGCUGGACGUACGGCUGGUGGCUCUUAUCAUGAUGAAAACAGUUUGAGAGAAUGGCUGAAUACUGGACGUCCUAAAGCGAAUAAAGCUGAAUGCUUGUAUAUAUUUAGACAGAUAGUGGAUCUGGUGGAUAAUUUUCAUUCUAAAGGAGUUGCUUUGCCUGGAUUGCGACCUUCUUUCUUCAAGUUGUUACCUUCAAAUCAGGUUAAGUAUGUUGGCUUACCAGUCCCAAGCGAGAUGCUUGAGAGUACGAAGAAGAGAGAUAUAUCUCUUUUAGAAAAUAGUCCAGUAAGGAAAAAGCAAAGGGUCAGUGAGAAUACUAGAUUGCAAUGGCCCCAGUUCUCUACCACUUCCUACUUCAUGCAUGAUAAUGUGAAUAACAGCCACAUCAACAUCACUGGUUUGCAGAACAAAAGUGAUGCAUUUGGUGAACAACAUCCAAGAAUAAGGCAUGAGAUACGUACCAUGUUCACCAGUCCUCAUAUGCAUUAUGCAACUCAGCAGUUUACUUCAAUAAAUGAGCUAUUGGAAGAGAAGUGGUAUAUUAGUCCUGAGGAACUCAGUGAAGGAAGUUACACAGUUUUAUCAAAUGUCUAUGAUCUUGGUGUUCUUCUUUUCGAGUUACUUGCUCAUUUUGACUCAAAUAGCGCCCUUGCUGCAGCAAUGUCCAACCUGUGCUACAGAAUUCUUCCCCCAAAAUUUCUGUCAGAAAAUGCUAUGGAGGCUGGAUUUAUUAUUUGGCUUCUUCAUCCUGAACCAUCUUCACGCCCAACGACAAGGCAAAUUCUACAAUCUGAAGUACUUAACGGGUUACAGGAGGUUUGUGUAAAAGAAUUGUCACCUUCUGUGGAACAAGAGGACGCAGAAUUGGAUUUAUUAUUGCAUUUCCUCACUUCUUUGAAAGAACAGAUGCAGAACCAUGAUGCAACUUUGUUGGAAACAGUUCAGUUCUUAGAAGCAGAUGUUGAAGAAGUGGAGAGGAGGCACUCUGCAAGAAAACCCUUGAUUGAUUGUGGCUUGUACGGUGAAUCCUUAAGGAAAAAUAUGUUCAUUAGCAAAGAAGAUUCAAGGUCAGAGGUGCUUUCUCCAUUAUUUCCUGUUCUUAGUUCAAAUGAGUCGAGGUUGAUGAAAAAUAUAGAUCAGUUUGAGAGUGCUUACUUCUUGAUGAGAUCAAGAAUUCAGAUUCCUGAGACGGAUUCUAGAAUACGCAGCGAUAAAGAUUUAUUAAGAACUCGCAAUAAUUGGUAUGUGGGAACAAAGGAUGAAGACAAGGAGAUAUGCACUGAUCGACCGGGAGCCAUCUUUGAUGGUUUGUGUAAAUAUGCUCGGUAUAGUAAGUUUGAAGUACGUGGUAUACUAAGAAAUGGAGAUUUCAGCAGUUCCUCUAAAGUAAUUUCCUCUAUGAGUUUUGAUCGGGAUGAAGACUAUUUUGCUACUGCCGGGGUUUCAAUGAAAAUCAAGAUUUUUGAGUUUAAUGCUUUCUUCAACAAUCCUGCUGAUAUUCAUUAUCCAGUGAUUGAGAUGUCAAACAAAUCAAGGAUCAGCUGUGUUUGCUGGAACAACUAUAUAAAAAACUAUCUGGCUUCAUCUGAUUAUGAUGGUGUAAUCAAGUUAUGGGAUGCCAGCACUGGUCAAGAGUUUGCUCAAUACACUGAGCAUGCAAUGAGGGCUUGGUCUGUAGACUUUUCUCAAGUAUAUCCUACAAAAUUAGCCACUGGGAGUGAUGAUGGUUGUGUGAAAUUGUGGAGCAUCAACGAGAGAAACAGUUUAGAUACCAUCAAGCACGCUGCAAAUGUAUGCUGUGUACAGUUCUCUUCUCACUCCUCUCAUUUGCUGGCCUUCGGGAGUGCGGACUACUACACCUACUGCUAUGAUCUCCGUAAUACUAAAAUUCCGUGGUGCGUAUUGGAUGGGCAUAAGAAAGCUGUAAGCUAUGUGAAAUUUUUGGACUCAGAGACCCUUGUUUCUGCAUCCACUGACAACACAUUAAAGCUAUGGGAUCUUAGCAAAACCAGUAUGAGUGAUACAUCCACCGAUGCUUGCAGCCUAAGCCUUGGUGGGCACACCAAUGAGAAGAACUUUGUCGGGUUAUCCGUUUCAGAUGAUUACAUAGCUUGUGGUUCAGAAACAAAUGAGGUUUAUGCUUACCAUAGAUCUCUGCCUAUGCCGAUCACUUCACACAAGUUUGGCUCCAUUGAUCCUAUUUCUGGAAAGGAGACCAAUGAUUAUAGUGCACAAUGGGUUUCGAGUGUCUGCUGGAGAGGGAAAUCAGACAUGGUGGUUGCUGCCAAUUCAGACGGGUGUAUAAAAGUGUUGCAGAUUGUUUAAGGAAAAGGUAACUCCUUUCACAUCAAUUAAGAAGUCAUUAUCCUUUUGAAACCUUCUUGAGUUUUCUUCUGGUGGCCAACUAUAAAGUGGAAACUGUAAGUUCAUGCGGAGAAACCUUAGAAAGUAAGAUGGAACGGAGAAACCUUGGGUUCUAGCCACAUCCUUGUUUGAUAGGUGCCAAAACGACUGAAUGACUGAUGUUGUACAAAUUAGCUGCAAAAUAUAGUAUCUGAUGGACAUCAGCUGAUUAUGAAAACAUUUUGAAUCCUCAAAUCUGAAGAUUGUCAUACCAGCACGAGAGCUGACAAGGUUUAAACAGUGUCGUAUUGCAAUGAAUAAAGGAGACUUGAGGAUUUGUUUGGGGUACUCAGCUUCAAAAAUUUUAAAUUUUGACCGAAUGUGAAAUCAGGGGAAGCAGGUUGCAGAUUAACAUAUAUUCUUGGAACAGCUUGGUCAAUCAUUUUCACACUAGCUAUCACAUAAUGUGGUCAGCUAUUUAGGUCAGAAUCUAUGUUCAAUAUUACGCUAUUCAUUUAGAGUCAUAGCUGCUUGUUGAGAAAAACAUCCGAAAAGCAUUUGUAACACUUCCAACGAAGACGAUCUCAGUUGAGUUGUUUUCAGUAGAGUGUAGAAAAUAGGGUUCAUCUAUCGUGAACUCUCGGUGACCAGAUUUGUAGGACAGUCGUUUUUGGGAGACCACAGAAUUGAGUUUGCAUCUCAUAUGCGAUUGCGCGAUUUUAUCUUGCAGUUUAAAUUUAUGUCAUCUGUCAACCAUAGCCAAACAUCUUGAUAAAGGUAUGGAUCGUGUCCUUUUAAUUUUAUCUUGCAUCUAUGUACGCUGAAUUGUAACUUGAAUUAGAAACCACAUUCUUCAUGUGAUGAUUUCUGCA